AUGCCCCCGUCAAUUCAUAACCCUACUUUUUGGUUAUUUCUCUUCGUUUGUGCGAACAUUACAAAUUGCUGGGAUAUCAACCAUGUGUUAAAAACUCCACAUCAAUUUGCGGAUAUCAAUUUAUCACGAAUUACACGAAAUUCUGAAAAUGAAUCGUUAAUUUGGAUGGAAUACGAAUUCAAUACAGGCGCUGGGAACAGAGAAGAGCUCGUAAUGACAGAUAUCUUUGUUCGUAAAUACGCAAACUUACCAGAAACAGUGACAAAUUGGCAAUCUCUAGACGUAAAUGGUAUCAACUAUCUAUUUGGGGUUCAGAAAUCUAUCUUCUACGUUUACAAAUUUAAUCCGGAUACGGCUGCUGUCUAUGAUUCUAUUAAUUUUGAUCUGGAAGAUACUAUAUUAACGUUUAGAGUGAUCAACCUUCACUCGGAACUUGAUGCUACGGUCGUUUUCUGCGUAGAAUCGAACAGUGGAAAGAUGUUACGGUGGUACAGACUAAAAGAUGGAAAUGUUUUUCAAUUCUUUUGGUCGUGGUCAGCACAGAAACGUAUAAGAGACAUGAAGUUCAUUGAACAUGAAAAGCCAUACAAAAUAUUGUUGUUGAAUGACGACGAAUUAGAUUCUGGAUUGCAAACGUCCAUCGACGUGUAUGGAUUUAUCAUUGACUUUUCGAUCAAUACUUUCGACUUUUGGUUUCAUGAUAGGCUCUUUGUACCAAAAUCGUUCGGUAUAGAGAUAUGUCCUAUUUAUGAAAGCAUUUCACUCGCUGUUCAAGGCAUGAAUGAUAUCUCGCUCUAUGAAUAUAGACCCACUACUGAAGGCCGUAUUUUUCAGAACCUACAGACGAUAGAGUCGUAUAAUUUAAACAACUUUGUCUGUUUUGAGAGCGGUUAUAUUCCAUUUUUGGCGACUUCUGGACCGGAAGCUGGCCUCUUUUACUUUGUAGAUGGUGAAUUCCAGUUCAAUACAGAGUCUGAGUCCAACUUUGAUGUUUCAGAAAUCUCAUGGGUGACAAACGUAAAUGUAGAUACGUAUAGAAACGAGUCAUUGUUGUUGAUUCAACUGAAGAACUCCACGGUAAUCGCUCUUGCCUGGGAAGGCCUGAAUUUCAAAAGAAUCUCGUUACCUAACAAUAUCCUCGAUCAGUUUGAUCUAUCCAUGAUUACACCACUUCCGAAGUAUGGAUUCAUCUUGGGUAAUCGAAUUGUAAAACUUAACGUGCAGUUGAAAAACACGAAACAUCCGAUUCAAUCCAGUAUUGAAAGACUGCUGAUCUUGCAAUCUUUGUUAAACGAUUCGUUGAAUCAUCAAGAGAGGAUUCUCGAUGAAACAAAGGCACGUCUCGAAAAGAGUUACUUAAGGAAUCCUGUAAUCACUGGAGUUUGGAAUGUUAGUACAGUAAACGCCACGAAUGCAAUUAUAUCCGAUAAUGUGACCUAUAAUUCGAUCACGAUAGGCGGCACGACUUUAACGAAAGAAGAUCUGAAAUUCGACGCAGACAGUUUCGCGGAGAAAUUGAAAAAUGUAAGCCGAAAACUCGAUGAAAUCGAUUCGAAUUUGAUGAACGCCGUAGAACACAAUUUAACGGAUCUGCUUUCCAAUUCGGAUGUCACGAUAUUUGGAAAUAUUAAUGUUACUGGCAAUUUGUAUGUGGGAAACUUAACUGCGCUGUCCAUCAAUGACAUCAACGAAACAAUUAUCUUUGAUUCCAUUGAGGCUGAAGAUCUGACAGUUCAUUCGGUGAAUGGUAUUCCUAUCGAGAAUAUUCAGUUUGGUGAUUCUAUAGUGGAUUAUAGUGCCGUGGAUUUUUCUAAAAUAAAUCGUGCUCAAGUAAACGGGAAUCUCUCCUUCUCUGCGAUUAAUGGGAUUGAUUGGACAAUAUUGAUGAGGAAUAUUGUAUGGAAACACGAAACAAUGUAUAUUCCUGGAAAUACUAUUAUCGAAGGGACGCUGAUCUCAGAUAUUUUUGAGCUGGGUACCCUAAAUAAUCUUUUGUAUCCAACAGAAUAUGUUUUGGAGGAUAGUGAUACUUCCGUGAUUAUAACCGGUACCAAAUCGUUCGAUUCGAUGCUGCUAUCACAAUUGGAAAAUGUAAUCACUCUAAAUGGCGUAAAUUUCGAAGACUACGUAAUUUUGUAUAAGGACAACAUUCUAAAAGAGGAGAUUACCUUCGAGAACAUAAAAAUCGAUGAAGAAUUCCGGAUAGAUGGCGAAAUAUCAGGAAUUAGUAUGGAAGAUAGAUUAAUGUUGAAUGAAACUUCAAAGAUGUCAUCGGAUGUGAUGUUUUUCAACUUAAAUGUUUUGGGAAAUGUUACAUUCGACACAUUGUUCAUGAAUAAACGUGUACUAAAUUUAGAGGAUUUAUUGUUAAAAACCGACGAGGAAAUUAAAAUUACUGGGAUUAAGACAUUUUUAAAGAAUGUCGGAAUAAAAUCUAAUGUUACCAUCACAUCCGGUAUGGUUAACGGACAUUUUUUGGAUGAGUUCGCGACUUUGGACACAGUACAAGAUUUUCCAAAUUUAACAAAGAUACUAUCGAACGUGACUUUUGGAAAUGUGACGUUUGGAGCUAUGAAGAAAUUAAAAGCUUUCUUCAAGGAAAAUACAAAUUCCAACAAUUGCUUGGACAGGAUUAUUGUGUUUAAGUCUCCAAUUAUUGUAGACCAGUUGUCUUUUGAUGGACUAAACAACAACGUUUCAUUCGACGUCUUUAAUCAAAAAGUGAACGAAAUAUUUCAAAACGUUAGCUUUGAAAAUUUAAUGACGGAAACAUUACUGGCGGAUAAAAUAACACCAAAGGUUAUUAAUGGUCUUGAUUUCACCAAUUUCACAAAACAUUUAGAGUCUCCGAAUAUUGGAGUCAUCGACCAGUUGGAAACUGAUCGCUUGAACGUGACAUUUAUCAAUGGAAUAUCGCUGGAUGAGAUCAGUAUGUUGACCGAUAAAUUAGGCGCGACUUUAGACAGCAUUCUUAAUGGAAGCAAAACUCUAAACUCUCUUCAAGUAACAGGAAUGAUUAUUACAAAGUUACUUAAUGGAAAUGUCUUGGCGGAUCUGUAUACUGAAGAUGAAAUCGACACCGUGAUUUUCAAGUCAGAUGUUGUCAUUAAGAAUUUGACGAUUUUGGACUUAAUGAAUGGCUUCAAUUUUUCAGAACGCGUACUUGAUACGGUUUUAAAAUCCGAGACAAAUAUAGUAAUCAAUGCACAUAAAAUGUUUGACACAGUUAUUUGCCAUCAACUUGAGGCAACCGCUUUGAAUGGCCAUCCCAUAGAAAAUAUUCUAGACCCUUUUAAAGAACAGGUGUUAACAGGUCCUGUUAUCGUCAAUGGUUCUGUGACAAUUCUUAAAGAAUUCAAUACAACCGGAAGUAUCGGUGAUGUACCAUUCUAUAAUCUGACAAAGAAAUUCAAACGUUUAGGAAACAAUAGCUACGAAUUGCACGGAGAUGUUCGCUUCCUUAACAAUGUCACUAUAAAAAAUCUUUACACGAAUGGAUUAAUCCAGGGAAAAAAUUUCGAUCACUUCUUAACCACGAUAGUGUUUAACAACAAGGAUAACCUUACAGUUUCUGGCACGAAAGUGUUCGAAAACACUGUCAUCUUUAAUGAUACGUUUGUAGUGCGGGACAAAUUGAAUGACAUAGAUCUGAAAAGAUUCCAAGAAAAGGUCGUCUUCAUAGACAAGCCGUUCUUUAUUAAAUCAAAAAUUAUUUUUAGAGAUGGUAUAAAAAUAGAAAAGGAUCUUGCAGUUUGGACAAACCUCACAACGAAAUCUAUUAUGGGAAUCGAUGUAAAUGACUUGCAUCAUGAUGUUCUAAACCUUAACAGACCUAAUUAUAUCGAAGGUACUACCACGUUUACUGAUGUCAAUUUUCAAUCUGAUAUUCAAGUAGAGAAAUUCAACCAUUUGGAUAUGAAUUUAUUAAUACCGCUGGACACUGAACAAAGUAUAGAAUUUUUGAAAUGUGACAAUGUUACUGUAGAUAAAAUGCAAAUUUUGGGAAGAAUCAAUGACGUAAACUUACAGGAGAUUCAAUACAACACUUUCAUGAUGACUGGGGACCAGAAAAUAUCAGGACACUUUAAUUUUCGUGGGAAUGUUCACGUUCGACAGAAUUUCAAUGCUCACAUUAUUAACGGCAUCGAUCCGAAAAGUUUUAUACCUUUGAAUUCGAAGGGUUCUAUAAACGGCAGUUUUAUAUUCGAAAGACCACUAUUUCUCAAUCAGAGUCUUCGAGUGUUAGGCUACCUGAAUGGCAUAGAUCCGGUUCGUUGGGAAGCGGUGGCGGUCACGACCAACAAUUUAGUAUCACAGUUUAUCUCCGGUAAAUGGGUCGUAUUUGGUAACGUUUACUUUGAGAAAGGGGCAUCGGGAAAUGAUAUGUUAAACGGCACGAACAUCAAAGAGCUGUCAAAUACUUUAGCAAAGGAACAUUUAGGGAUGAACGAUGUAUUGGCGGAAAAAAGUGCAAAUCUGGAUAGUAUGUGUGAGGAUUUGCGCGAGCUGAAACGCUACGCUGAGAAACAAAUUUACAAGUUCAAUGCGUUCGAUUAUCUGCAAGUCAUCAAGUUCCAUAGCAGCAUCGUUAGCGUCCACCAUUUCGAGCUGGAUGACUUUGACUAUAUAAUAUUAAGCUACAAUACCUGUCACAUGCGCAUGUACUCUUUUACUGGAACAAAAUUCGAGUUGGUCGUCAACAUAUCUAAUUUUGGAGUGGUCGAACAAUGGACCACUUAUAAACACCGCCAAGCUUUAUAUUUUCUCACUUCAGGACCAAGUUCUUGUGGAAGGAGUCCUACAAAUCUAUGGAAGCUAAAGGAUGACAAGUUUAGGCACGUUUUAAAUUUUGGCCAUGAUACAGACAGUAACAAAACAAAUCAAGACAUAUUUUUGACGUUAAUUAACAAAAACGAACGGCUGCAGUCAUCUAGAAGUAUGAACAAGGAAAUACAGAAGCCUCUUUCGUCUCUGGAAGACGAUGAUAAUGUUCAGAUUAUUUUCGAGGAAGAUCAAAUAUUGUUGGCUAGCAAGAAUGCUAUUAAAUAUAACGUUAAUCAUUCUACCAAUGUAAAUCUUGGAAAAUACGCUAGAAAUUCAGAAAGUCUGAAAUUCAAAGUUGGAUUAUUUGAGAAAGAAAUGUUUUUGUAUUAUGAUAAAGAUGUUAGCGAGGAUAGUAUAUUUAUUUUUAAUAAUGAUGUAAAAGGAAAAAGGAUCGUUCAAACAAUAAAGGCACACCGACCAACAUCCUUUACGAUACUUAAUUUCGAUGGAUUGAUCGAAACACUACUUGUUUUCGUUGAAAAUAGGAAGAAUCUUCGAAUUUAUGAGUAUAAAGGUAUUCAAGGCUUCCUAUAUAAGGAUAGUAUAAGAUUGAAUGUUAAUAAAUUAUUUACCUUUAAGAUUAGAAAGUAUCCUAAUUUAGCGAAACGAUAUUGCCUGAGUUUAAUCUAUGAAAACAAAUUAACAAUUUUGGAAGCAAAAAUGUACGGCGAAAAAUUAGAUAUGGAAACAUUAACAUGUUCGAAACGUUGAAGUUUUCUGCCAAAGAAUUAAUAUUAAAAACGUUAUUAGUACGUGUAAGAUUAUUUAUUGUAGCUAUGUAAGUACGAGAGUUAGAAUUAAUUAAUAUUCAUCGUACUUUAUAAAACUGUAUUACAUUAUAAUUAAUUGUAUGUAUCAAUUAUAAGCAUAUUCGAUAAAUAAUACUGCA